CAAAGCCCAGUCUCGGUAGGAUUCUGGUUUCCGACACGAGCUGCAUCAUUUCCGUUUUGACAAUUGGCGGGACCUCUUCACAUGUCAUGCUAGUUGCUUGUUUACGGAGUUUGAGAACUUGCAUUCAAGAGGCACCGCUGAUAAAAACCAUACGACAAUGAUGGCUAAAAACGGAAAGGACGCCUGUGGAAUAAAUGGUGACGUGCCAUCGGUAUCUUCACACUGCAGCAACGAAGCUUUUGCUAACAAGUCACACUCCGCUGUGGUGAACGGAGCAGCAAUGGAGGCAUCGUCUCACUCAAGGCUGCAGAAUGGAGGAACCGGGGCGGAGAGGUUCACCUUCAGCCCCGAGCCCACCAUUGAGGACAUCAGGCGGAUGCAGGCGGAGUUCACGGACGAGCGGGACUGGAAUCAGUUUCACCAGCCCCGCAACCUGCUCCUGGCUAUGGUCGGUGAAGUGGGCGAGGUGUCGGAGCUCUUCCAGUGGCGGGGGGAGGUGGCCGAGGGCCUGCCGAACUGGACCGAGUGCGAGCGAGAGCAGCUGGCACAGGAACUCAGCGACGUGAUGAUCUACCUGGUGGAGCUCGCCGAGAAGUGUCACGUCGACCUUCCCCAAGCGGUGCUUCGUAAAAUGGCCCUGAACCGACUGAAAUACCCCGCCAGCAAGGUGCACGGAUCGGCCAAAAAGUACACCGAGUACAAGGACUGAGUUUAGGUUUAGAGUUAAGAAGCAGAGGUCAACCAGGGAACGCAGGCAGUGACUGCUGUGGCCUGCUGUGCUCACUUCACUGGCAACAUGCUGCAGUUUGAUUAUGGCCAGGCCCACUACUGAACAUGUUAUCCCUGGGUUCAAAUGUUUGUUUGUUUUCUGGGUUGACUUGUUACUUGUAACUAUAUACAUAUAUAUACACACAUUCAUCCUUUAGUAGGCAGGGCACUUGGGAGUGAGUGUACGUUUACAGCAUCCUUAGGCUUUUUUAGGUUAACUUUUAAAUGUUUUUAGUCUAAUCAUUGCCUUCGGUGAAUUUGAGGCAAUGCAUACUCUUUGCAGAAAAUAUUACUGUUGUGCAGUGACUUUGGGGAGUACUUAAAAGAAUAUAUUUCUCACUGAAUUCUUUUUAUGUUUUGGCUCCAGUUUAGGAGUGUGACAGAGUGGAUUAGAGAGUUGGGAGUUGAAGCAGAUGAUUGAUGACCAUCCAUGACAAGAUUAAUUGUGAAAUGUUUUUUUUUUUGUGUGUGUCAUUAGGUUUUUUGAUUACCCUCAUUUCCCAUCAGGGUUCAACUCAUCUUCUGUUUUGUUCACAUCACAACUGUCACUUUUUUUUUUCUGAAGUAAAAGUUGCUUUAAUUCUGA